CUCUCAGCUUACAAUAAACACUGCGAUUGUUUAUAUGCACAGGUUUUAUAUGUACCAUUCUUUCACCAAAUUCAAUAGAACUCUGUUUUUAGAAUGCUAUUCUGAAAGGGUGAAGGGGGUGGUCUCAAAUUGAAUGUUGAAGCCGGCAAUGUCAACAGUGAAGACAUCAUCUUGAGCAGAAAGGGCAGACAGCGGCCAGGAAUGGGCAGGAGAAGGGAGUCAGAUAAAGAGAUGCAGAAACUGAACCACAAAGAGAAUAAGUAAUUUGUCUAGGCUAGUCAGAUUCUACUGAGGCAGUCUGACUACUGUGCUACAGCUGACUUCAUCACCUCUUCCUCCCCCUCUCCAUGAUUUGUAUGCUCUGAUGGAGUAAAAUGUUUGCAGGCUGUAGAGAAGGAAAUGUGAAUGGAGUUAGUGGAUUUCACCAGAAACUUUGGAAGAGUGUUGGGUAUUAGUUGCACUGAAGGAGGAUGAGAAUUGAGCCCUAUUUAGAGGGAACAGAAAGACUUCUGUGAGGAAUCAGCUGCACAAUGCUAGAUAAUGGGAAUAUGCUUCUAGACUGGAGGACAGACAAGAUUAAUAAGCCAGAAAUUAGAAUACAGUAUAAUAUCACCUACUGCAUUAUUUUUGGCUGCAAAAGUGGAAGAACAGGCUCGAAAACUUGAACAUGUUAUCAAAGUAGCACAUGCUUGUCUUCAUCCCCUAGAGCCACUGCUGGAUACUAAGUGUGAUGCUUACCUUCAACAAACUCAAGAACUGGUUUUACUUGAAACCAUAAUGCUACAAACCUUAGUGCUUUUCAUUUCAGGUUUUGAGAUCACCAUUGAGCACCCACACACAGAUGUGGUGAAAUGUACCCAAUUAGUAAGAGCAAGCAAGGAUUUGGCACAGACAUCCUAUUUCAUGGCUACCAACAGUCUACAUCUUACCACCUUCUGUCUUCAGUACAAACCAACAGUGAUAGCAUGUGUGUGCAUUCAUUUGGCUUGCAAAUGGUCCAACUGGGAGAUUCCUGUGUCAACUGAUGGAAAACAUUGGUGGGAAUAUGUGGAUCCUACAGUUACUUUAGAAUUAUUAGAUGAGCUAACACAUGAAUUUCUACAGAUAUUGGAGAAAACACCUAGUAGGUUGAAGAAGAUUCGAAACUGGAGGGCUAAUCAGGCGGCUAGGAAACCAAAAGUAGAUGGACAGGUAUCAGAAACACCACUUCUUGGUUCAUCUUUGGUCCAGAAUUCCAUUUUAGUAGAUAGUGUUACUGGUGUGCCUGCAAACCCAAGUUUUCAGAAACCAUCUACAUCAGCAUUCCCUGCACCAGUACCUCUAAAUUCAGGAAAUAUUUCUGUUCAAGACAGCCAUACAUCUGAUAAUUUGUCAGUGCUAGCAACAGGAAUGCCAAGUACCUCAUACAGUUUGUCGUCACACCAAGAAUGGCCUCAACAUCAAGAAUCAGCAAGGACAGAACAGAUGUAUUCACAGAAACAAGAGACAUCUUUGUCUGGUAGCCAGUACAACAUCAACUUCCAGCAGGGACCUUCUCUCUCACUGCAUUCAGGAUUACAUCACAGACCUGACAAAACUUCUGAUCAUUCUUCUGUUAAGCAAGAAUAUACUCAUAAAGCAGGGAGCAGUAAGCACCAUGGACCAAUUUCUGCUACUCCUGGAGUUAUUCCUCAGAAGAUGUCUUUAGAUAAAUACAGAGAAAAACGUAAGCUAGAAACCCUUGAUCUGGACGUCAGGGAUCAUUAUGCAGCUGCCCAGGCGGAACAGCAGCACAAACACGUGCAGUCACAGGCAACCAGCAGCAGCUCUGUAACUUCUCCCAUUAAAAUGAAAAUUCCCAUCACAAAUGCAGAAAAACCUGAAAAAUAUAUGGCAGAUAAAAAGGAAAAAAGUGGAUCACUGAAAUUACGGAUCCCCUUACCACACUCUGAUAAAAGUGCCAGUAAAGAAGAACUGAAAAUGAAGAUAAAAGUUUCUUCCUCAGAAAGACACAGCUCUUCUGAUGAAGGCAGUGGGAAGAGCAAGCAUUCCAGCCCACAUGUCAGCAGAGACCAUAAAGAGAAGCACAAGGAACAUCCCUCAAACCGCCACCACCCCAGCAGUCACAAGCAUUCCCACUCCCACAGCGGCAGCAGCAGUGGUGGCAGCAAACACAGUGGUGAUGGGAUACCACCCACUGUUCUGAGGAGUCCUGUUGGCCUGAGCAGUGAUGGCAUGUCCUCUAGUUCCAGCUCUUCAAGGAAGAAGCUGCACAUCAAUGAUGCAUCUCACAACCAUCACGCCAAAAUGAGCAAAAGUUCCAAAAGUUCAGGUAGUUCAUCUAGUUCUUCCUCCUCUGUUAAGCAGUAUAUAUCCUCUCACAACUCUGUUUUUAACCAUCCCUUACCCCCUCCUCCCCCUGUCACAUACCAGGUGGGCUACGGACAUCUCAGCACCCUCGUGAAACUGGACAAGAAGCCAGUGGAGACCAACGGUCCUGAUGUCCAUCACGAGUACAGUACAAACAACCAGCAUAUGGACUACAAAGAUACAUACGACAUGCUGGACUCGCUGUUAAGUGCCCAAGGAAUGAACAUGUAAUCAUUUGUUUAGGUCAAUUUUUCCUUUACUUUUUUAAUUUAAAAAUUGUUAGAAUGGAAUCCUCCUGAUCUAGCAGUGGUAACAUCUGCUAUUGCUGCCACUGUUUCAAUAUUUGUAAGUGCUGCUUUUUCUUCAUUCUGAAAGAAGAGAUUAUAGUAAACAAGUCUUUAUCUCCACAUAUGAUAGUGUUAUAAAUACUGUAAAAGCAUGGAAGGUGCAAAACUCAGUAUUUCUACAAUUGCAGCUAAGAACAUUAGGAUGAAUGGCUGGCUGCUUCUAGGAAUAUAAGAUGCCUCAAGCAUUUGUUAUUUAUAAUUUGAAUACUGUAGCUAUAAUUUUGUUGUCGCUUGGCUUUUGAAUGAGUGUAAAUUGUUUUCUUUUGUGUAUUUAUACUUGUGUGUAUGAUUUGCAUGUUUCAAUGUUAAAGGGAUAAAACAGUAUACUGAAAACUGUUUACAAGAAAGUGGAGAAAAAUGUACAUACAUUUUUGUAUGUUUAGAUAUUACCAUAAAUACUCAGGAUUGGAGCUGCUUGUAAGUAUAACAAUAUACAGAAUAACUUUAUUUUAUCUUGUCAGAGUCCAUCACUAAUCUAAAACAAAGGUGGCACUUUUUCAUGUUAACCUUAAACUCUAGGCCUUACUGGAAGCCUCUGAGGGGACACUUCACUACCAGAUGGGUCUGCAGUGCCACAGAUGGCCACAUGCACUGUGAGGCACUGGGCUUCUGCCUUCAGAGGUUCUGACCAGAUUGGCUGCUGAAAAAGCCCCUAAUUUUCUGAAGGCUUGAAGAGGAAAAAAUAAAGUUUACAUACUGUUGAUGUGAAGUGCAGUUAAAGUUUGUUGGCUUGUUGCAGUGCUGUAACACAGAGCUUUUAACAAUGGUUAUGUAGAUUGCUGUGAUUAGAAAACUACAUUCACAAAACGUACAUAAUGAAAAAUUAGUAAGUUUUUUCUUAAGUAAAAAACUUUCACACUACAUAUUUUAACAGUAAACAGGGAUCGUGUUUCCUUUAGCAUUCAGAGUGACACCAUAUUCUUAAACAUAAUCCUCCCCUGAAACGUGUUUGUUUGUGAUGCCAUAUUUCUUUUUCAGGUAAAUUCAGUCUUCCUUAUAAAAAUAAAAUUAAACCUAUUGCUCUCUCAGUUCUUUUAUAUUCUAACAAUAAAUGAAAAGGAAAGAUCACUGUGCAUUGUACCUGUAUUUAUAGCUUCUCAGGAACCUCUGAGAAAAAGGGUUAGCCUCCAGGUAGACAGCUCGCGGAGGUUUUGCAUUUAUCUGCACAUCUCAGUAUAUUCCUAUUGAGGUCAAAUUGGCACAGUCAUCUGAUUUCUGAAUAAACAAUAGACAUUAACUUGUUUAAAAUUUGUCUUAAACACCAAUAAUAUGGCUCCAGUUUAUCAACGAGUCUUGUAUUUAUUCUGUGGUAAGUCUUUGAGCUUUUGAGUAUCUUUGAAAUGGGUUAAAUUCAACUUCUGUUAGAACUGAAAGCUGUCUUAAUUUUUCUUCUCUGUAUAUGAAUUAUUUUUGUUAAAGCCACUGAUGUGCACAAUUGUAAUUUUACUCAAGUAUGUUGCAGUUGUAAAUAUUAGAGUUUAAUCGUGUGCUCUACUUUUAUUUAGCAGUUAACCUAAUUUUCCAGUAGCUUUAUAAUUUUUUUAAGAUGAUUGUUUGUUAUUUUGUUAAUGUUAUUUGAAUUUAAGAUGCUAGGAGCCUCUUUCUAGGGAUUUGCCUAGCUGGCAUGUCCUAACAUUUGUUCUUGUCUUGCAUAACUUUAGUAAUCCUUGUCAUUGUGUGUAACUUUGUUGUUCUGUAUGGCAUAUUAUUGUAUUCACAAACAUGGUAAUUUUGAUACCGUUGUACUCUGACAGUGGUACAUAAUCCAAGGACUAGUAUAGUAUUAAGCUGAGUGCAGAAUGAGGGAGGGAAGGGUUUGUUCUUGGUAAUUUAGAUAUGAAAUCUCUAAGGAACUAUCAUGUGAAACUACAUAGAGUGGUUGUGCUACUGUAUACUUAGGGAUGAUAAUACCAGGAAUUUUAAUAAGAUUUUGUAAAGAAUAUCCAGAAAAUUAGUGAGCUUAUUUUUCAGUAUGACAUAGAAAACAAUGUGAAUAUUUAAGGUCUGUGACUAUACUUAAACUUCACAAAGAAUUUGCAGAAUUGUUUUUGAAAUGUGAGAAUAAAGGUAAUUUUGUUGAAUCUUUAUUGGUGCUAAUGAUGGACAGUUAAAAAGGUAGCUAGUGUAUAUUGUUAUGAGUAAGUACUUAUUAGUACUCCCAAAAUUGAAUUUAAAAUGCUAUGUAUUCACUUUUCACUCUGUAAAUGUAAAUCUUUACAAUGACUUUAUUUAUUAAAGGGCAGCCAGUUGUAAUUUUUACAGGAUUGUGUGAGCUAUUCAAACUUUAACCUCUGAACAGGAUAUUAGCUUCCAAAACUACAAUGGGGAUAAGUAUGGAAAUCCUUUUAAGUUUCCAGUCCAUUCAGUGAAAAUCCUUAUAGUUCAUAUUACCAUGAAUUUGCUUUAGCCAGCUCAUCAGCCUGGUCCCAGAAGGCUCAACCAAAGAAAAAGACUCCAGUGAAUGGACAUUAUUACUGAGUCUUCUUGUAAGUAGCCAUAAAUAAACCAAAAUAGGUUCAUCAAAUUUAGGUAUGAAAUUCCACAUGUGCAAAGUACUGUUAAGGUGAAAACAUUUUUUAAAAUAUUUGAAAUAUUAAAAAGCAUUAUCUUUAA